UGCUGGACCCAGUCACAGAUCGCCAGCUCACGAAGGAGGAUGUCUUGUGAACCUCUCCCGUGCCUAUAAAAAGUCCCGGGAGAUUCCUCACAUGUUUUAACGGUGUAGCUUCAUGAAGAAGUGUUGUGUGCAAGUGUCCCUUAAAUUAAACUAACAAUACAUGUGUUUAUUGUAAAAUUAGAACUUCGAAGAAUGAAGAAACUCUGAAAAAAAAGUUCGAAAUCGUCCUCAUAUCAAGUAACUUAAUUUCUGACCCAACAUAAAAAACUGGCUGCCUUGAAUGAGCUUGUUAUGUAUUUUUUACUGCGCUUAUCGAUUUAUAGGCAAAUAUAGUGCGAAGUGAAUUCAAUUGUAGGUAUAAUGCUUCAGUUACCUUAAGCAUUAUCAUUAUACGAUACACGUUGCAAGCUUACAGAGACUGUCGCCUCCAGAGUAAUUUCAGCGGUGGCUUUUUCCUGUACAAUUCUGCAGCAACGAAAUCUUUAAAUUUUAUAACAAAUGCACCUUGCUUCCAAUGGCCUUGUGGUCUUAAUGAGCGAGAAAAUGGUGGCGACACAUUCGCCUGGGCGCACUGGUUGGUGGAGAAGAUUCUACAACGCGUGAAUUAUAAGGGAAAGUUAAAUAAUUCAAGAAAUGAAAAUGGAGGCGAAUGAAGGGGUUAGUAAAGGUAUGAAGCGAUCGUUUGAUGAUAUCGACAGUGGGUUGGGGAGCGCAAGACUCCAGAAAAAGAAAUUCAAACCUGAACUCACGGAAUUUUGUGUUCUGGCCUCUUCGAGUGCAGCUCCUGAGCCCGACACAAAUAUUGUUAUAAAGUCUGAAGAAAAUCAAGUAGGAUUGCAACCAAAAAACUUACAAGACGGCGCAGUGCCUGCCAGUCCAUCUUUUUCAGCGCCUAGCGAUCUGAUAUACCAAGGCAGUUCUUCAGAUGACAAUUUAGCGAUGAAAAUCAAAGAUUCCAACAACAAUAAGACUCAAGCCUUCCCAAGCAGUAACCCAACAGGGCCCUCUGCCAACGUCAGUUCGAAGAUGUCAGCCUCAAGCACCAGUAGAAAAGUUUACGGACUGCGGCCACGAACAAGCAUGAGGCGACCGAGGUCUACAAGCCCAGUCGAUGUUCCAGCCACCGUCGCAGAACCCAAGAAGAUCUACGAUGAACCCAGUGCCAGUAGCUGCAGUGUGGACGCAUCGCUACCCAGCCCAGCAGCACCAAGCCCCACCAAGGGUAAAGGUUCUUCUUCCAAGCCCCGGGUGAGCAAAAGUAAACCCUUGUCCAGGUAUAGACGAAUUACAGCCAACGCGAGAGAACGGGACCGCAUGAAGGAAAUAAACUCUGCGUUUGCCACUCUUCGCGCCGUGCUCCCUACCUUCGCGAACAGCAGAAUUGCCUCCAUGACGAAGUACUCGACCCUGCAGUUAGCCGCGUCUUACAUCAAAGCUCUCUCUGAUAUCCUCAACGAGGCUCCAACCGCUCACAAUGAAAAUAAGAAGGAGAAUAACUGCCCAACUUACCAGUCGGGUAUGGGAGGCAACAUGGUGAAUAUUGCGACUUCAAAUCAUCAAAAUGUCAAUUUGAGCGUUGGUAUAAGCGAAAUUUCUUUCAAUAAAUCGACGGAUUGUGAUUCGCAUCAAAAAAAUAAUGAUUUUUCCAUAUAUUCUUCAAACUUAAAUCCUAACGCUAAUUUAAACGAUAUCACAGAUGAUAAUUUAGGGGAAUUGGCAGAUUUUAGUCCUUUGCCAGACAUGUGCUGGACGUUAGAUCUAAUGUUGGAGUAAGGCUCAGAUAUAAAUUGAUGCUAGGGGAACAAUGUGCCUUUUAAUGCCAUAUCUGUGGAGAUCUAGUCAUAAAAUAGAAUAUUAUAUGCAUCGGCUCACUUUACUUUCUCCCUGUGCCCGUUUAUCUUGUGCAACUCAAUAAAAACUGCGAGUAAAUAGGGAACCAGUGCUUCUAAAUUAGCUGUUACUGCUUGUUUCUUGAAGGUAAAAAAUGGCUGAAUUUUUUAAGCCAAAUAGAAUAUUUGGACUCCAGUUCAUCUCGAGCGCACUCUAUUUUUUAGCAUAAAUAAAACUCUCAUGCGUCAUCAUUACGAUCACUUUGUACUGAUUAAUUUGUUACAUAAUCGUUUAUUUAUUUAUAUAUAAGGACAUGUUUCAAUUAGAAUAUCCUUUUAUUUAUAGUUAUUAUUUUAUCAGAAUAGGAAAAAGCUACUCUAAUACUCUGUUAUCAAGAUGAUUCUCAGCUCAGAGCGCAGCAACUUAUUGCAGAAUGUAAAAUUUGUUGUACUAGUUUAAUAGAAUAUUUAUUUCUGUAAUUUAUCUACUGGAAAUACAAUUUCCUCUUUC